AUGCUGUACAUUGCCUCGGCUCUCACUCCAACAGCCAUCUCCCAUGCGGUGCAGGUACAAGACUUUAUCACUCCUGGAGUAAACUGUCUUGUUAUUGCCAAGCCAGACCGCAUUGAAGCAUGGGACAUUACCGCCUCGGGCCUCGAGUUCCGCGCCGAGCUCGGUAUUUGGGGUACUAUCGUUGGCCUCACUACCGUCUCCGUUCCGGAUGCUAUGCCCCAUAUUCUUGUGCUUGCUGGGCCGCCUAAUGCCCAGCUGCACCUCGUCACCUUCUCCGGCAAGCUCGUUAUCACAUCGACCCAACCGCUGACCGCCCCGACCCCAAACCUCAGGCGGCAAGAGUUCUUCACCGGCGUGGUGUCAAAUAGCACCUCGGUCAUUGUAUCGCUCUGGACUGGUCUCCUGGCGCACAUUGAGAUGGAGCUCGAGAAGAGCAAGGAUGCAAAACGACGCACAUCAAUCGCCGGCAGCGACAUGGACCUCGAUGAGGUAGCAAGGCGUCAAGCAAGGCGGCUAGUGUUCAAGAGCAGCUCAAACAUCAACAUCCGCGAGCACAACCUUCUUGACAUUGCGUUCAUACCCGGUGACCAAACAGUGCUCACCUUCCUCUGGAUGUCAGAGCAAAACAAGCUCCAGAUCCAACCGCGUCAGCUUUCCGCCGCAAGCCACUCCUUCACCGAGCUUGCCGUCCCGACUGAUGUGGUCAACCCGCUCGACUUUCCCAUCUCAGAAUCGCAAGAUAUCGACUUCAACGCUAUCCCAUUCUCGGUCCCGGCAGCGCGCAAUGUCCUCGCCAUCGGCAACGGCCCUACCAACGCCAAGCUCUUCCUCGUUAUCGGCGACGAGCACGCUGCUCUCUACGCCAUAUCGCCUGCGCUGGGACCGUCGGUCAAGUCGGCUACUAGCCCAAGAGCCAGUGCGAUUCGCCGGAGCCCACAGUCCGAGACGGGCGGUAUCGGCAAGAAACGCAAGUCGAGCACGUCUGGACGCAGCGUCACUACCGACGUCGACAACAACUGGACUGUCAAGCCCGUCUGGCGUAUGCGCCAGGGAUUCGGCACCGUUUUGGCAUCGACGGUUCUGGAGAACCACACAUCGGGUGGCAGUGUCCUCCUCGGCGACCAAUGUGGCCGUCUGACAGCCAUCGGAUGGGAGUUUGAGGGUGAGACUGUUCGUGUUGGCAUGACCGACAUGGGAAUUGUGUCGCCACCAACAGCAUUGACCUAUCUUGACAACGGUAACGUCUUUGUGUCCUCCGCAUGCGGCGACUCUCUCAUCGUGUCCUUGGCACCGGCCGAGACCAAGGGAGAUGUCAAGGAAGACGACACCGUUUCUCCCUCCGCAUCGUCCGCUCCUAAGAAUAUCCACGGCAAGGGCAAGGAACGGGCUCAGGAGUACUUUGACGCCGGUGCAUGGACCAUCUUCCGCGAAGCUGAAAGCGAGGGCGAGAUCUCAGUGCGCGAGCGUUGGAUGAACAUUGCGCCAGUCAAGGACUUUGCGGUGGUCGAAGGAGAAGAUGGCCGAGUGUCUCACUUGGUCGUCGCGUCGGGCUCUUCCAACACCAACUCGUUGCGUAUUGUACGCAGCGGCGUCGGAUUCGAGGACGUCCUCAAUGUUGAAGGCAUCCCCGGCGUUGAGCGGAUGUGGACACUGGCCCCUGCAGGUAGCCAGUCCCCGACGUUGCUCGUUUCAUUUGCCGAAUCCACAGCAGUACUCAACCUUGAGCCCGAGGUCUCGGCCAUAUCCGCCGCCGACAGCAUUGUCUCGUCGCCAACCAUCGCUGCCGGUCUUGUCAAGGGCGACACAAUAUUGGCUCAGAUCACGCCGCUUGGUGUGCAGCUCUGGUCUGACAUUGUGGGCGGCACCUCUGUCAGCACGUUCCUGGCGACGGCGGACAACAACAUUGUCGCUGGGGCCGUACGCAAGAACCUCAUUGUGGCCGCCUUCCGCGACGGAUCCAUCAAAGCGUGGUGCGCCGCGAUCAGCUUGGAAUUGCUGCUCGACGCUCGUGUGCCACGGGAGGUCGCUGCUGUCGACAUUUACCUUGGCGACGAGCCGCUGGUUGCCGUGAGUGACUGGGGCCAGGAAAUCCAGGUGUACACUCUCAAGGGCCUGUCGAGCAACACGCCUCUCGCUGCGACCAAAGAAGCCGCGUAUGCGUCGUCCUUGCUGUUCAACAACUUGUCUUCGGGUGCCCUGCAGCUCCUCGCUGGCCUCAGCGACGGCUCACUCGUGAGCUAUGACCUCGACGCGGGCCUCGAGAGCCAGCUUCAAAAGGGACGCGUCCACUCGUCUCUCGGUACCAGGCCACUUCAACUGACGCCCCUGGCACUCGAUGCCGGCGAGGAGACCGUCUUCGCAGCUGGUAUCAGCGAGCGCCUGUCGAUCAUAUUCGAGUCGCGCGGCCAUGCGGAAGUGUCUUCCAGCGGCAAGAAGGACGUUGUGGCCGCGGCUACAGUAACGACGUCGACUCUGGGCAACUGUGUGGUUCUGGCCACCCCGGAGGGCCUCUGCUUCUCGCACCUCACCAGCCUGAAGAAGCUCCAGGUCCAGACGCUGGAUCUUUACAAUACGUCUCCACUCCGUGUGGCUCCCGUGCCGGACCUAAAGGUCAUGGCUGUUGGCACCGUGACACGCACGCUCGAUGCGGAGACUGGCGAGGUUCUCCAGGCGUCUGGUAUUGAGCUUCGCAACCACACGACGUUAGACUUGCUCGCAGACUUCCAGCUCGAAGAGCGCGAGGCAGUCACGUCGGUCAACCCCGUGUUGCUCAACGGAAAGCGAUACAUUGCCGUUGGUACCGCCAUCUUCGGCUCUGACGAGCUUGCCGAUGAGGCAAGGCUGGACGACGUUGCGUCCUUUAUUGAUGCCGAGAAGGGCCGUCUGCUUUUGCUGGAGGCUAUCGAUGUGGAUGGCAAGUGGAGCUUCCAGCUGGUCACCAGCGUCGACACUACGGCGGCGGUGUUUGACACUGCUGUCGUCCAUGGAUUCCUCGCUGCUGCCAUGUCGACAAAGGUCUCCAUCCUCCGCCUCGACCCCCCGCCAACGAGCCUGAGCGAGGUGUCAAAGUGGACGUUUGGGUUUGAGGCACACUACCUGAACACUGCGCCCGCCAGCAAGAUGCACGACUCGGAGCGACUCGUUGUGGGCGAUGCGAUGCGCAGCAUCGUCGUUCUGGAUGUGGACGAGGAGAGUGGUGAGAUCAGGAGCGACCAGCACGACAUGAGCACCCACUCGGUGCGCGCAUUGGCGGAUGUGGUGGACGGCGGACCUGGUGUCAUUAUUGCAAACGACCAUGCCAAUCUUCUGACGUUCCGCCUCAACGACGGUAUCGAGCCAGCCGCGACGUUUGGUCUGCACGAGAGUGUGGCCCGCUUGCGACCCGGGUCCCUGGCGCCCGCGUCUUCAUCCCCAGAAGUGCUCCGCCCCGACCUCAUCUUUGCCACGGCCAACGGCCGCUUGGGUAUGGUUGGGGAGUUGGGCACGAGCGCGACCCGCACCCUGGACGACCUGCAGCGCAACAUGAACAAGUACCACAAGGGUCCUGGCGGCCUGGACUGGCGAGCAUUCCGACGCGGCGGAAACGCAAAAGUGCCAAAGGAGACGGCCGGUUUCAUCGAUGGCGACUUUGUGCAGCGCUUUGCGGAUCUGGACACUGCCACGGCGGACAAGCUCCUGCGGGGAUCCACUGCGGUCGAGAGUGUGUACAAGGUCACCGAGCAUGGCAAGGAGACGGCUACAUUCCCCGACGUGGUGCGCAUUCUCGAGGCGGCGGCAGGGAUGCACUAG